GUUGACCCCGGCGCGAGGGGGGAGUUGAAGCUGUCAUUGCACCUGAAAGGAUACGUUUUGCAAAGCGUUUCUGUAGCGUGACGGUCACCUGCUCCUGACGUGCUGUCCCUGAUGGGCGGCUGGUCUCGGAGUGCGGUGCUGGAGCUGUACAGAGCGCUGCUCCGGGCGGGGCGCCACCUGCAGUACACCGACCGCAACUACUACCGGAACGCGGUGGCCCGGGAGUUCCGCCGUUGCCAGGCGCUGACGGCCCUGCGGGACAAGGAGGACGCGCUGAAGAGGGGCCAGUUCUUCCUCAGCAGCCGGCUGGGGGGGCUGGUGUAGGGUUGGCGUCGGGAGAAUUACACAUUCUGCAGUCCGUCUGGGAACCGGAGAAUUUCUAAAGUCUGGCCUUGGACCAGUUUUAGAGCGGAGCAAGAUGGCGGGAGUUAACGGCAACCGAAAGGGGAAGAAAGAUGACAACGGGAUGGGCACAGCCAUCGACUUUGUUCUCUCCAAUGCCAAACUGGUGCUGGGGGUUGGAGGGGCUGCCAUGCUGGGCAUCGCCACCCUGGCUGUCAAACGAAUGUACGACCGUGCAAUAAGUGCUCCGUCCAGCCCAACCAAGAUGGACCAGUCGGGGAAGAGGAGCUGGGAGGAGCCUAGUUGGCUGGGCUCAUCGCCAAGGUUACUGAACAAUGACAUGAAGUUGACAGUGAGCCGUUCCCUGCAGACGUUACCCACUUCUUCCAAUGCCUUUGAACCAGACCGCGUGCGGCAUGCGGCGGGGCGUGGCGCUGCGGGUCCGGCGAAUCUGCACCGCGCCCGGCUGCGCCUCUCUCUGCAGGAGCGGCUGUGGAGCUUCUAUCGGGAGCAGGUGGCCAUCCCCGGAGAGGAGCAGGCCAGCGCCCGGCGGGCUGCCCUGGACAUCUGCGCCGAGCUCAGGGUCUUCCUGCACGCCAAGCUCCCCGACAUGCCCCUGAGGGAGAUGUUCCUGAGCGGCAGCCUCUAUGACGACCUGCAGGUGGUUACCGCAGACCACGCUCAGCUUAUGGUCCCCCUCGUCCUGGAGAAGAACUUGUGGGCUCCGGUGCCCGGGGAGGACACCAUCAUGAACGUGCCUGGGUUUUGGCUGGUGCGGCGGGAGAACCUGGAGUACUUCCCCAGGGGGAGCAGCUACUGGGACCGCUGCUUGGUAGGGGGCUACCUCUCCCCCAAGACGGUGCUGGAGGUCUUUGAGAAGCUGGUGGCAGGCUCCAUCAACUGGCCGGCCAUUGGGAGCGUGCUGGACUACGUGAUCCGGCCGGUGGUGCCCUCGGAGACGCUGACCCUGGAGGUGCAGUACGAGAAGGAGCGCCGGCUGUACGUGGACUUCCUGCCGCUGCUCACCAUGGGCGACGGCGUCUCCCUGAUCGCCAAGCCCCACCGCUGGGCCGAGCGGCACGAGAACCUGUGGCGGCAGAGCUUCCGGGUGGCGGAGACGGCGCGGCUGCGGGCGCUGGACCAGGAGGACGGGGGCUGCCGCUGCCUGUGCCUGAAAGUGGCCAAGGCCGUGUGCAAGCUGAACCCUGCCCUCUCGCGACUCACGGCCAGCCAGCUGACCAACGCCCUGUUGCUGCUGAGCGAGACGGAGGGGGACUGGACCCAGGACGCGCUGGCCGACCGCUUCCUGCAGCUGCUGCGCGCCCUAGUGGGACACCUAGAGGCCGGGAGGCUGCCCUGCGCCCUCUGCCCCAAGGUCAACCUCUUCUGCGAGCUGACUCCGCAGGAGGUGGACGAGCUGGGCUACACCCUCUACUGCGCCCUCUCUGACCCCGAGAGCCUGCUGAGGACAGCCUGACCCCGCCCCUGUCACAUGGUAAAGGGCCAAUGACGAGACGGCGACGGGGUUCGUCAGGACUGAUGCUUUCAGAAAGUCUGCCGCCUACAACUUCUGUAAACGAUGAUAGCCUCACGCCCAUCUCACUGUGUGAAUGGCUUUAUCCGCAUUUUAAAGCUCUGUCUCCUAAUGCUUUUGCCUACAGAUCUCUGUUCUUUUAUUAUUUCUGCCCCAGCUUUCAGUUCGUGCUUUAUGUAAGAUGGAAAAAAUACCACUGUGGUAUUUCAAAACAUGCUGCCCUUUAUAUCAGUAACUUUGGAGUUUGAAACAGCUUUCUCUAUGUAAAGCCUUUAAAAAAAUACCCAAGAGCUCUGCUGAAAAGUUAAGGCAACAGAUUCCUAAUAUAGAUCAGAUAAUCAGCUCAGUGCAUUCUACACUGAGAAUUCUGUGUCGGCCAUUUGUGAAGCUACAAGUGUUCUUAUUUGCUGGCUCGUUGUGAACAUUCUCAAAGAGGCGUUACCUAGAACCGAACAUCCCAUAGUCAACAUAGGAGCACAUACAGCACCAGAACCUGCUAAAAGGAGGACAGGGUAGGCAGAAGCUGAAUAUCUGGUCAAAAUAGCUUUUCUGUGAUAAGAUCUCAUAUGAUUGUGACUCAGCAGAACAGAAGAGAAACAUAUUUAUUUUUGAAAAUAGCAUGUUGA